AUGGCGUCGCAGCGCGUGUCCGUCUCGGCCGGCCUGCCCAAGGCCGGCCUCUCGCUCGGCGAGCUGGCGCCGUACACGCAGAGCGACAUCUACGUGCGCGCCCUGCGUGCCCUGGGCCGCGAGGCUGCGCUCGUCGCACCGGGCGACGCUUCUGCCGUGCCCGAGUUGGCCAAGUACGACGUUCAGGUCGCUGCCGAGGGCCCGAGCGAUGUCGCCGCCGAGAACCUCUUCGCCGGCGUGCAGGCGGCUGCCGGCGAGGGCAAGUUCGAGGGCCUGACGGCGCUCGAGGCUGCGCGUGUCGCCGACGUCGUCGACCCGUCUGCCGUGCGCUUCUACUUUGCCAGCAAGCUCGGUGCCUCGACGUCCGACGCCGAGCUGAGCAUCGACGAUCUCGUCACGCGCGUCAACGCCGAGCUCGUCAACAAGAUCGCGGCGACGAGCGGCCGCGUCGGCCAGUUCGUUAUCAGCCGCCUCGACAACCAGAUCGGCAAGCUGCCCUUCGAGCCGUCGGCGGCGCAGGAGGCCAACGCCGCCUCUGCUGACGCCAGCGCCAAGGACAUUGCCGCCGGCGAGCCGCUCGCGCUCGCGCAGCAGGUCGUGGCGCUCACGAAGAAGGUGCAGGAGGCCUACGUGGCGCGCGACCUCGCCGCCGCUGCCAGAACUGUGGUGCAGAUCGCCGACAUUGGUGAUGAGCUCAUGAAGCUGCGCCAGCCGUGGAACUCGAUCCGCAAGGACAAGGAGGAGGCACGGGCAGCAUGCACGCUCCUCGUCAACAUCUACCAGGCCCUCAUCGUCGCGCUCUGCCCCAUCGCGCCCAAGCUGGCACUGACCGCCGGCGAGAUGUUCGCCAUCAAGGCCGACGUGUUCGACGUUUCCAAGGUCUUCACGGCACAGGAGUGCAGCAUCGGCGAGCAGAAGACGCUGCUCGGCCGCUACGACGCCAAGAAGGUCGCUGCCGCGCUGGACCCAUCCAAGGCGCCGGCCGCUGCGCCUGCCGACGGCGACAAGGCCGCGGCGAAGAAGGAGAAGGCGGCGCCCGCGGAGCCGCCGGCGAUGAUUGACAUCGCCACGUUCUCCAAGAUCGACCUGCGCGUCGCCACGGUGCUCGUGUGCGAGCCGGUGAAGAAGUCGAAGAAGCUGCUGCGCUUCGAGCUCGACGCCGGCGACGAGAAGCCGCGCCAGAUCCUCUCGGGCAUCGCCGCCUGGGUGAACCCCGAGGAGAUCGUCGGCAAGCGCGUCGCCAUCGUCGCCAACCUGGCGCCCGUCAAGAUGAUGGGCCUCGAGAGCCACGGCAUGAUCCUCAGCGCCUGCGACGACGCCAACAACAACGUGCAGCCCGUGCGGCCGAGCAUGGAGUUUGCCGGCGGCACCAUGAUCCGCUAG